AUGAAUCUGACUAAGAAGUCCUUGGCAAGGGGCUGUGCCCAACGCCAUGUAGUCAAAGUGUCGGCACGUGCCGGCACUCGCGAGCGCACCGUGCUGCCCGCGCUGCCGAGCCACUUGGUCAGCACCUUCACCAAUGCGGCUAGUUUAAAGUGCAAAAUGGCAAUAAGUAACGCCCGCAUGUCACGUAUAGUGGGAGGUGGCGCAAAGGCGUACAAGCGGAUUACCCCUCGCAUGUGUGGUAUCAUUGGUAUCUUUAAGUACGAGGGCAACGCCAACGUUGAGUUGUACGAGGGUCUGCUAAUGCUGCAGCAUCGCGGCCAGGACUCAGCGGGCAUGGUGACCACUGACUGGAGUCGCUUUAAGGAGCACAAGGAGAAUGGCCUCGUGAAGGAUGUCUUUGGAAAGCAGGAGCUCAUGGAUUCCAUGAAGGGCCACUGCGGCAUCGCGCACGUGCGCUACCCCACCGCCGGCUCGUCCUCGGCGCAGGAGGCCCAGCCCUUCUUCGUCAACUCGCCGUUGGGCAUCUACUUGAUUCAUAACGGCAACCUAACCAACACAGAAGAGCUGCGCGACCUCCUGAACUCCUCGCGCUCCUUCUUCAACCGCCACUUGCGCACGGACUCGGACUCGGAGGUGCUGCUCAACAUCCUGGCUGACGAAGUACAUCGGGCCCACCAGCGCUGCCUGCAGACGACGGGCUGUGACCCCAACAAGAAUAAGAUCAAUUUCCUGUUCGAGGCGGGCGAGAUGACGAUGCGGCUGCUCAAGGGCGCCUACAGCUGCUUGUCUCUGGUCAAGGGCGUGGGCCUGGUGGCGUUCAGGGACCCCUUCGGCAUCCGGCCCCUAGUGAUUGGCAAGCGCUCGAGCGCCCACGGCGACGAGUGGUGCAUCGCUAGCGAGGACUGCGCAUUCGGCCCCAUCGGUUUCGAGCGCGUGCGCGACGUGCUGCCCGGCGAGAUGGUCAUCAUUACGGAGGACGGCAAGCUCAUGAGCCGCCAAUGCGCUCAGGGCACCCCUAGUCCUUGCAUCUUCGAGUACAUCUACCUGGCUCGCCCCGACUCGGUACUCAACGGGAUCCCGGUCUACAACUUCCAGCUCAAGCUGGGAACAGCCCUGGCUAACCGCAUCAAGGAGAGGGGCUGGGAUCUGGACAUUGUGUGCCCGGUGCCAGAUGGAUCUCGGCCAGCCGCCAUCCAGAUUGCAGCCGAGCUGGGGCUGCCGUACCGCGAGGGCCUAGUGAAGAACCGCGGUGCGGCGGCCCCUGAUGCUGAUGGCGCUCAGGUUUAUGCUGCUUCGCCCCGGGUUAGCAUGCCCCGGGUAGCUCUUGAUUUCCCGUAUGUGGGCCGCACCUUCAUCAUGCCCGACCAGCGCCUUCGUGAAAUGUCAGUGCGCCGCAAGCUCAACGCCAUGCCGGCAGUGUUCGAAGGCAAGAGCGUGCUGCUCAUUGACGACUCGAUUGUGCGCGGAACAACUAUGACACAGAUUGUGGACAUGGUACGACGCGCGGGGGCACGAAGAGUGUAUCUGGCCUCCGCAUCCCCGCCCGUGGUGUACCCCAACGUGUACGGCGUGGACAUGCCCAGCCGCAAGGAGUUCGUGGCCAACGGCCUAACCAUCGACCAGGUGUGCCAGGUGCUACGUGCCGAUGGGCUGAUCUACCAGGAGGUGGAAGACCUCAUUACCAGCGGCAAGGAGCUCAACCCGGACAUCAAGGACUUCGAUGCCUCGUGUUUCACUGGGAGUUACGUAACCGGCGACAUCGAUGAGGCGUACCUGCAAAAGCUGGAGAUGUCUGGCCGCGGUGCUAACCGACGCGCCACGCAAAAGGUGUCCCUCAUCAACGAGCGGGCCAUGGUGGCUACGGCGUGAGAGUGCCCACGGAGUGUGCGCUGCCAGACCCGCGCCCCGGGGACAUGGAGUUAAGCGGGCACAAGCCACGAGAGGUGGGCGGUGCAAGGACUCCUGAUGUGGCAUCGCGACACAGUACGGCAGCAAUGGAAUUGCACCCUAACUUGCUCGGAGCGGCUGGGCCGCUGGUAUGAAGUUGCUGGUCGCGCUUUCGCUGCCGGCCCCCGUGUGGUGCUGCUUCCUUGUCUCAGUUUUUAAUGGCACGGGUUGCUGCGCGUUGCGUUCACCUCCGCUACUCUCCUCCUCGGCAGCCACCAGCACCUGGCCUACGUGAUCCAAAACAAGUUGAGGCUAGGCGCUGAGCUGCCCGCGGAGAAUGUGUACUACCAUAAUAAGGACCGGGUCGUGGUGUCACAGCUGUGGUAUCACGGCUGUGGUGUCACGGCCGUGCUGUAGUAGGACAGGCUAUCGCGUGAGCUGUGGGCACUUUUAGUAGCGACUGUGGUUGGGGCAGAGGUUUAACACGUGGGGGUAUUGACAAGGUGGAAAGAGGCGCCGAAAGGCCGCUAACGGGAUGGAUGCGUGGGUAUAUGGGGCCAAGCCUUUUUCGAGGAGAUGGGAAGCAAAUCGGCAUAUUCCUUUUUUGUUCCUGGGUUUGCACUCGGGUUUUGGUUUUCCUUGAAGCUUUUUUACGCAUCUAGGCAAGCGCACUGGCUUUGUUUGCCCCGGGUACUCCACGCCCCGUUAUGUCCAGCGGCCGUCAGACAGGUACAUGGAAACUGUUUAGCUGUCUUUGAACCAAGACCUUGACCGUGGGGUCAGAAUACAACGAUUAUAGGGACUCGCAACGCGCGUUGCGCUGCGCAUAGGAUGCGAAGAUGGUUAGGCGGAAGACUCGUGUACCACGGGUCUUAUGAUUGUGUUGGACAGGAAUAUGGCUACGAGAAGGCGAGGAGGUGGCGAGGAGGACGACAAGGCUUCUGUCGCAUCCCAUCUCUUGAAGCUAUGAGGUGGUCCGGUCAUUUAGGCUCAGCUGUAAACUGUGUCAUGCUGCUACGUGUAGGGGCGAAUCAUGAUAAUUAUGCAUAUCGCCGCCUUGGACAGCAUGAGCGUAGGCGGCACUCAGCCAUGCGGUUCCAAUCUGGCAUUUGGACCGAAUAAGAAGCCUAACAGGAAACACUGAUGUGUGCGCUCCAGUUCCCUGUCAGGAAGCCAUGGGUCCUCUUCGCGUGAUGGGUGCAAUACACGUGCUGCGUCUGCCUGCUGCAGAACAUGUUGGUCACAGGACGUGCACUCAUACUGGGUUUAGGGAGUCGUAAGGGAGCUCAGGACUCUGCGCAAAUGUUGACACACAGUAUUUGAUGACUUGCAACAAAGUGAAUGUGUUACGGUGGAUCCGAACAGAUUGCCAGUGCUGUCCGGACCCAAAUGACUGUAACGAAUGCCGCUAAAGGUGCUAAAGAGGU